UUGGAUUUGAACCAAUCAACAAGCACGUUGCAUUUACGUACAGGUUUUUCUCACUCCGUUGUAAAUACGAAUGACAGAGGCGUUGAUAUUAUUGACAUUGCACAGUCAAUAAGGAAACAUCACUCGGUUUUAUAUUUAAGUCUAAUGGAACCACGUACCAACCAGGAUCCUGCCAGUACAGAGAGGAAUACUGCCUUGUUCCACAGGUAGCUUGUGGCCAAUGCCACAGGCUCUACCUGCCCAGGAAAGUGGACUAUCAUUCAGACUAAAAUAUUUUGCAAGUUGGCCUAGUUAGUGAUUGGCUGUGCAUCUGCCUGCAAAGAACUUGGUCAUGUCAGACUUAAAUAAAGAGCUGGUGGAUUUAGUGUGGGGGAGACCAACAACCGGGGCAGUUUCAGCCUCUAUUUUUCGCAGAUGGACCCAAGGGUUUGUGUUCAGUGAGCAUGAGCACACAGCUCUGGAACAGUUUGAAGGGGGGCCAUGUGCUGUUAUUGUACCCGUGCAGGCCUUCCUCUUGAAGACUAUUCUCUUUAACCGAGAGACUUCAAACUGGAGACACAUGACAGAGGAGGAGCAGAAAACAGUCCUGUGCUUUGCGCUGAGUGAAAUUCUGGAGUCAGCCUGUUCCAGCUCCUCCACAGGCUUCUGCCUUGUGUCGUGGGCUAAGGGACAGAGCCCACCUGUCUGCACGCAUACGAAAGCACAGACCCAGUCGCAAACGCAGGACAUCCCAGUGCCAGAGAGCAGCCAACCACUAGAGGGGGAGCAACCCACUGCUUUGGCUGCUGAAGACCUUGGCUUUGAGCGAUUUCACAGUGUUCUUCAAAAGCGGGUGGUGAUGUCCGUGUCAGAUCUCCAAGCUGAGGUGUUGUCUCUCUUCCACACCUGGAGGGGUUGCUGUGGAGUUUUGCUUUUCCUCUACUCUGUCAUCCUUACUAAGGGGAUUGAGAAUAUUAAAAAUGAGAUCCAGGAUACAUUGGAACCACUUAUAGACCCGGUACAUGGCCAUGGAAGUCAGAGUUUGGUGAACCUCCUUGUAACGGGCCAUGCCGUCUCUAAUGUCUGGGAUGGAGACCGAGAAUGUUCUGGAAUGAAACUACACGGUAUUCAUAAGCAAGCGUCAGUUGGCUUCCUCACGCUCAUGGAGUCACUCCGCUACUGCAAGGUGGGGACUUUCCUGAAGUCGCCCAAAUUCCCAAUAUGGAUCAUUGGCAGCGAAACUCACCUUUCUGUUUUUUUCACAAAGGAGAUAUCCCUGGUUGGUCCAGAAAGUCCAUCAGAGCAGGCAAGGAGGGUCUUCCAGUCAUUUGAUCCUGAAGAUAACGGCUUCAUCCCAGAUUCUCUGCUGCAGGAUGUGAUGAAAUCCCUUGACCUUGUCUCCGAGCCAGAUUAUGUUAGUCUGGUGAAGAACAAGCUGGAUCCAGAAAACCUGGGUAUAAUUCUUCUGGGCCCGUUCCUCAUGGAAUUCUUUCCUGAUCAGGAUUCAGGAAUCCCGGACUCGUUUCCCGUGUACCACUACAACGGACUCAAACAGUCCAACCACAACGAAAGGGUCGAGUACGUGGAAGGAACGGCUCUGGUGAUCGGGUUCGAGGACCCCAUGGUACGGACCGACGACACUCCGGUCAAGCGUUGCCUACAGACCAAGUGGCCCUACAUCGAGCUGCUGUGGACCACCGAGCGCUCGCCGUCACUCAACUAGUCUCGUUUGUACGUGCAACGGACCACUACUGCCUCCAUCUCACACGUACACACACACACAUUCGCAGACACACGACGGUUCUGCUCCAGUGGGCUUCUAAAGACCGGGACCACAACCACACAUUUUGAUGAACGAGAUCUUCACAAAAGACUCCCGACAAAUGUAAUAUGCUCGAGAUUCAUCCUUUUCACCUUUAUGAUGCUAUCGUCUGUUCAGCACGGCUUGUCGCACGCAGGAUGUUUAUCAUGUUGAACUGUGGCGUGUCACACGCCGGAGCGCAUAUUCGAGUUGCUACGGCAACUGAAGGACAGAAAAAAAACAACAACAACCAAAGCCUUCCACGUAAGAACACACGGACUUUCACUCUCACAGCAAAACGUUUACAAUGUUAGGACCAACGUAGGUGCUCAACCAACUGUGAAGGUUCCCUCAAUGUCUUCACGGUCUUUAAAAAGUUAACCAGGCGCUCAUGUAUUUAUUAACACGCUCACAGUUCACAUUCUGGAAUAAACACUUUUUUGUUUUUUGGGGCA